AUGGCGGCGAACCGGGUGUUCGCCUACCUCGGCGCCGGCUUCACCGGCUCCUUCCUGUACGAUAACCUGGACGACGUGACCCGCGUCGGCGGAGGUUUCCUCCGCGCGCUGGCGCGGCAGCAACACGACGCCCCGCCCGCCGCCGUCGCCGACCCCUCCAUCCGCGAACUGCAGCUGCAAAUCGCCGCGCUCGCCUCGCAGCUCUCGUCGCAUGCGCCCCUCUCCCAACAUCGCGCCCCGCUCGCGCCGACCAACUCCUCCCACGGCGCGGUGGCGACCGUCACGGCGACCGCGGGCGUCGCCUGCGUCUACCUCGCGGCGUCCGGCGUCGCGCUGAGCGACCUCGCGUGGGUCACGCGCGGCGCGUUUCGUCGCGCGUCCAAGGCUCUCGCGACGGGAGUCAAAGAUCUGUCAACCGCGCUGCAGCGGGUUCGCGAGGAGACGAAGCUGAGGCUCGACCGACUCGCCGCGAGGCUCGACGACGUCGACGAGUGCGUCAAGCGCACGGAGACGAUCGCCGAGAAGCUCGGCGAGGACAUCGCGCAGUUGCACGCCAAGGUGGACAGGGUCCACGCCGCGCAGGGCGUGACCAACGCGGGGGUACGGCUCCUCUGCGCGGCGGCGACAGCCGCCGACCCCGACGCGAACGAGAUCGAUCGACGCCGCGGCUCCGCUCGGAAGCUGGCGUCCGGAAGCGAGAGGGACCUCGACGAGGACCUCGUCGCGAUCGAGACGACCCUGCGCGCCCUCGCCGCGCCUUGA